CAGAAAUCAGGCUUAACCAGUCUUAAUCGAUAAAAGAAGCUCCAUUCUUCUGCUCCUUAUAUUUUUCUAUAUUUUCUUAUAAAUAUAAAUAGGACCUUUGUAAAUUUGCUUUCGUCGACUCAAGAUUAUGGAGCACACCGGCAAGUUUGUUUUAUUAUUCACCGCAAUUAUCUUCGUAGCCGUCGCUGAUGAAAAUAAGGAGCAAGAGCGACCAAAAACCUUCCGAAGAUUAAUACCAGCUGAUAUACUUCGUGAUUUCCCUGGCAUGUGUUUUGCAUCGACGAAGUGUGCAACCAUUGAGCCGACGAAGUCGUGGGAACUUUCACCUUUCUGUGGUCGCUCCACCUGUGUGCCCGCUGAUGAUAACUCUGGUCGUCUGUUCGAGCUAGUAGAAGAUUGUGGCCCUCUACCUAAGGCCAACCCCAAGUGUAAACUCUCCGAUAAGACCAACAAAACCGCGAGCUUCCCCGAUUGCUGUCCAAUUUUUGAGUGUGAGGAUGGAACUAAACUGGAGUAUCCAGAAAUUCCAACUUUACCACCGCCAACCGAGGUGGAAGUAGGAAAUGGAUCAGAAGUUGCGGCAGCACCAAAAUCUUAAGACUCAAAAGCAAAAUUGCUAAGAGAAAAAAUUACAUAAAUACAAUGAAAUUAGUCAGAAUAGAUUUAUUCUAAUCACGAGAAAAAACGUCGGAUCCAUCAAUGCGCAAAAUAUUGAUCAUAUAGACGAUAUAUAUAACAAAUACGUAUUCUAAUAUUUUUUCGAAAGCAAUUUUUGACAGAGAACAGAGAUAAAUUUUAUCGUGCGGCAGAAAAAUGAUAUAAUAGACGUUUAGUAUAAUGUAAAAUGAAAAAUGAUAUAAUAGACGUUUAGUAUAAUGCAAAAUAUAACUAUAUAUAAGUAUAUAUAAAACAUAUUUAAAACCAUUUAAUUAUUAUAACAAAAAACUUAUUCAAAAUUAUUAUAAAAUAUUAUUAAAAUUAUAAUUAUUAUAAUGAAAAAAUGCUAACUAUUCAUUUUGCUCAAAGAUUAUUAAAAUACGAAAUAUUAAACCAUCCCGUACAGCAUAAAAUCUUGUAAUUAUAUUGCAGAAACGCUGUAACGUUGUAAAUUAUAUUAUAAUACAGAAGCAUUCCGAAGACACGGAAUUGCAACAUUUCUUUGGAACGUUAUAUUAAACAUUAUACAUUUAUUUAAUAUUAUAAUGCUAUAAUUUUUAUAUUGAAUGCCUAACAUAACUUGUACUUUUACUUAUAUACAGAUAAACUUUAUCAAACUAAAUGGAAAAGUUUUGUACCAUUUUACAAAUAAUCAUAAUAAUUAUUAAGAUAUUUAUUAAAAAUUAAUGAAUGAAUGCGAGUAAUGCGUAUGUAAUAAGUAACAAUAGUAGGCAAUACGUAAUGGUAGACAGUGGAAGGCACUAUAAAUACUAAUAUUAUAAUCCAUCACUAUACAUCACCCACCGUUAUUAAAAAAUUGUCAAUAGAUUUAGACAUCUUAGGUAAAAUUUCGCCUAAAAAGUUCGUCCUAUCGCAUCACACGUAUUUAUUUGUCUCAAUUUUCUAUUAUUAAUAUCUCAAAAAUUAUUGUAGUUAUUUGUAAAAUAUUAUAUAGGAUGUUCAAUUUGAUGAGUUUUAUUUGCAUAUAAGCGGGCAUACAAUAAGAUGCAUUAAUGGCGUUGUUAUUGAUUGGAAAGGUAUAAAAAUCCUAAAAAUAAAAGUCUGGACAAUGUUGCUAGUUUGAUACAAAAUGGCGUGUACUAGUUGUCGUACAAUUAACGUUCGUGCAUUCAUGCGGUUUAUUCUCUAUAUUGCUGAAUUGGCUGUACUAAUUCAGUUUUAAAUUACUUAAUGUUGAAGAGAAAAAUAACGAAUAAAUAAUAAUAAUAAACUAAUGUACAUUAAUUUAGAAAGUUAUUUAAUAAAAACCUGUGUAUAGAAUGUUAGGUUAUUCUUUUAAUGAGAUUUCAAUUAUUUAUAAAAAAAUUUUAAUUAAAAAGACAAGAAUAUAUAAUCAAGAAUAAUUAAGAAUUGAAUUAUUGAAACUUUGUCAAUAAAAAAAUAAAGAUAUAAAUUGUGAAAAUGAUAGUAAUAAGGUAUAACUUGUUAUAAACUCUCUAUUACUUUAUAAUUUCAUUAUCAAAAAAUUUAAUUUAAUUUGAUAUUGUACAUUUCUGUAAUAAUCUUUUAUAUGUGGGUUUUAGAAUUAUUCAAUAAAAAUUAAAUAAUAUAUUCCCAGGUAGCAGAGUGACAUCAGAAGACGUCUUAUUGACUUUAUAUUGACGUUAGAGGGUGUAUAUCAGUUGGACACGGGGCAAUUGGACACAGUCCAAUCACAAGUCGCUGUUCCAAGGGACCCUACAAAUGUCUCUAAUCACACGGUGCUGUGAUUGGCUGUGUCCAAAUGCACCGUGUCCAAGUGCACCGCUCCUGACGUUAGAGACGUCAGAUCGCCGUCAAUAUGACGUCUUCCGACGUUACUCUGCUACUUGAGUUGUUAUACUUGUUUUUGGGAAAAUAUAUUGUUAUACUUAUUUUCUCUAUAUUGUUGCUUUACAAUUAUUUCGUAUAGUUGGUCGUCAGUGAUUACCCAGAUAGCCAAACCUGCGCGAACAGAUUUUGAGCAGAACUUGCUAUCAACUUUUGAUGGCAAAUAGAUAACAAAUUGGAUGCAGGAUCUGUUAUAUCAAAUCUUGCUGCCAAAUUGCCGCCAGAUAUGCCA